CGUCCACAAAUGCAUCACCGCCCAAGAUGUGGACGAUAUGCUCUCCCCCACUUUCUAUCUCUACGCCUUUAAAAUCAUCACGCACCCCCUCUCACUCAUUCACAAAUUCUCAUCUAGCUAGCUCUCCCUAGGCCAAAACCAUGGUUUACGCCAAAGGGAAUGUUGGUGAUGAUGAUAGCAGCGACGGCGCCGUCUCCGUCUAUGAUUUCAAAGGAAACCCUGCUGAUAGAUCGAAGACAGGAGGUUGGCUCGGCGCUGGCCUAAUCUUGGGGACCGAAUUGUCCGAGAGAGUUUGCGUAAUGGGGAUAUCGAUGAACCUGGUGACGUACUUGGUCGGGGAUAUGCAUCUCUCGAACUCGGCCUCGGCUAACAUCGUCACCAAUUUCAUGGGCACUCUCAACCUUCUUGCUUUGUUCGGAGGUUUUCUCGCCGAUGCCAAGCUCGGCCGGCCUCAGGGGAGUCCGAUGACGGUUAUAUGGAGGGUCGUGAGCUUGGCUUGGAGCAAGAGGAAAUUGGCUUAUCCUAUCGACGAUAGAGAGCUGAAUGAGUAUGAUUCGUCCAGAGUCGCUCACACACAGCAGUACAGGUGUCUCGACAAAGCCGCGAUAAUUCCAGCAUCCGCUUCAGUCUCCGACCCAGACGACACGGCUGGUAAAAUACCGGUCACAAAAACGGCGGCAACCGUAAACCAAGUAGAAGAAGUAAAAAUGAUAAUCAAACUGCUCCCAAUCUGGUCCACCUGCAUCCUGUUCUGGACCGUCUACUCCCAGAUGACGACGUUCUCUGUGGAACAGGCCACGUACAUGAACCGAGACGUCGGCUCCUUCGUUUUCCCUUCAGGUUCGCUCUCCGUCUUCCUCUUCCUCACGAUCCUCCUAACAACUUCUCUCAACGAAAGACUCCUCAUCCCCUUCGCCCGCAAGUUCACGCACAAUGUUCAGGGCAUGACCAGCCUCCAGCGCGUCGCCAUUGGGCUCGUGUUCGGAAUGCUGGCAAUGGCUGCGUCUGCGGUCGUUGAGAACAAGAGGAGGCGGCUUUUGGUCGAGCGCGGCGUAAAGAUCAGCUGUUUCUGGCUUGUUCCUCAGUACUUCCUGGUGGGCACCGGCGAGGCCUUUGCUUACGUUGGGCAGCUGGAGUUUUUCAUCAGAGAGGCUCCGGAGAGGAUGAAGUCGAUGAGCACGGGCCUGUUUCUGACGACGCUGGCGCUGGGGUUCUUUCUGAGCAGCGUGUUGGUUUCCUUGGUCGACGAGGCGACGGACGGAGGUUGGAUCAGGAACAACUUGAACAAGGGGAGGCUGGAUUACUUCUACUGGAUGCUUGCAGUGUUGGGGGUGAUAAAUUUUAUACUGUUUUUGUAUUUUGCGAGUAGGCACGAGUACAAGGCUCAGAACUUGGACUGGAAGAAUGAUCAAGUUGAGGCGAGCAGUGAAUCCAAAGGCCAGAGGAAUGGGGAUGAUGGUGUUAAGCAAGUAAUAGAUGAAGUUCAGGAGUUUGUUUGAAGAAAUCAGGAUAUGAGGUUGGAUCAGGAAGUUGUUAAUUGUAAUACAUAUGAAGAUGUUUAGAAAAUUUUUUUUGAGAGUGUUUGCUUGAUUGUAAGUUUUUGCCUUCAAACCCAAAGCUCUCCCCUGAUUUUA